AUGGCAGCCACUGAUGUGAAGUCUACACGGGCUCUGCCUGCUCAGGACUUUGGCCGUCCCCGUGAAGGGAAUGUGGAGGAGGAAGGCAUGGGUGCUGGGUCUCUGACACCUUGGUCACAGGUAGGGAUGAUCCCUGGCAGAGCUGGAACAUGUGGGAUGUUUCAGGAAUCAGUGGCCUUCAAGGAUGUGGCUGUGGACUUUACCCCAGAGGAGUGGAUGUUGCUGGACCCUUCUCAAAGGACUCUCUACCGAGAGGUGAUGCUGGAAAACUACAGGAACCUGGUGUCACUUGAUAGCCCAGUCCUCAACAGCCCCAAGGACUGCAGCAUCAGCCGCAGUUGGUGGAGGAUUUGGGGUUCCCUGCCAAGUCCUCCCACGUACAUAUGUCCACAGGAUCAGAGUGUCAGCCAUGCAGACCUCGUGGGCUCUCCCAGUGGAACCAAGAAGAGUCAAGGACACUUGAGAGAAGAAUUCUAUGUGGCACCUCUAAAAGUGAGCAGUAUCGGCAGAGAGUUAGUCAAAUAUCAGCCUGGUACUUGGAGGCCACCCAGUGGACACUUGGCGACUCUGGAGGCAUCUGUGGUCGUCAUGACUGUGGGAAUAGUUGCGACCAGCAUCAAGUGA